GCAUUGCUGUGGUUUCGAUCCCGCGGCCCCGUAGAUUUCUGCUUGUUUACCGGAGGGGGGAUUAAUUUCGGGGUGAAUGUUUUCGGAUUGGGGAUCGCGGCUGCUCCGGCGAGAUAUUGCGCUGUACGUGCGCGUGGAUGGUUAGCCGGGGGUGCAACGUAGGUGCUGCGCGCGCCGGCGGCAUCACCGGCGCGGCGGUGCACCGCCGUGGCCAUCAACGAAUGAAGUGUCAAAUCAUCAAAUUUAUCAUGACGGAUUGGCUGCGUUCAGUGUGUUCUAAUUACCUGCUUUAGCACUGCUUGGUUGGUGACCCAUCGACAUCUAAAUAAUAUACUACCAUGUUUGCAGAAAUUGCAAAUGCAUCUCUUUAGUUUAUCAUUUUGGCUGCAAGUGGUGCAUAUUAGAAGGAGAGGAAAGUUUGGAUUGGCAAUAAACAUGAGAGUAGUCUUAGCCCGAAUUGAUGCGGCAACCAUGGAUGGUACUUAUUGAGAAUCGAUGUAAUUUUGGGUUAAGAUAGUAUGGUGCCUUGCUUGUACUCUCUGAUGAUGUGUCGAAGAGGGAAAGGAUGGAUGUGCACUAUGCUUUUGGACUAAGCGUUGAUGUGGAUGGCUUCAGUGAUACGAUAUAAUGUGCUGUUGUUUUCAAACAGCUGUAUUUUUCUUUUGAGUGAUUCAUCAACCCCCAACAAAAUCUGAUUCUUUCUGGUGUUGUAGACUUAUAGUGGCAUUAGGCCCUGUUUAGCUCAAUGAUGCUUCAAGAGAAUUGCAGUGAAGAAGCAAUAUGUUCUUUUGCUAACAGUUCAAGCUCGAUAUUGUUCGGAAGAAGUUAGUUGAGAUUAGUGGAAGGGACGCAAGAGAGGUUAGAGUGGUUGCUUGUCCCUACAGGAUUUGCCCUCUGGGGGCUCAUGUUGAUCAUCAGGGCGGAACUGUCACAGCUAUGACCAUUAAUUAUGGUGUACUUCUCGGUUUUGUAGCCUCUGAUGAUGCUGAGAUUUCACUCCAAUCUGGUCAAUUUGAAGGGGUUAUACAAUUCAGAGUUGAUGACUUGCAAAAACCUAUUGAAAACCCAGAAAACAUAAACUGGGAGAGCUAUGCAAGAGGUGCUGUUUAUGCCUUGCAAAAUUUUGGUUAUGAUCUCAAGAAGGGUAUUAUAGGAUAUAUUUCUGGUGUGAAAGGACUUGACAGUUCAGGGCUCAGUUCAUCUGCAGCAGUUGGGAUUGCCUAUUUGAUGGCUUUGGAAAAUGUAAAUGAUCUGAUUGUAUCACCAGUGGACAACAUUCAAUUGGACAAGUCAAUUGAAAAUAAAUAUUUGGGUCUUGAAAAUGGUAUUCUGGAUCCAUCAGCGAUCUUACUUUCACGGUACGGCUAUCUCACUUUCAUGGAUUGCAAGACUGCCUCACAUUCCUACGUCUACUUUUCGGAACUGAGUAAAAGCCAGCAAUGUCAAGGACAGCUACCAUUCAAGAUUUUGUUAGCCUUUUCAGGGCUGCAACAUAACCUACCGAAGAAGCGUGGAUACAAUACACGGGUUUUUGAGUGCAAAGAGGCUGCCCGUGCUCUUUUAUGUGCUUCAGGCUGUGAAGAUGCAUCGAAUCUUCUUCGUAAUGUUGAUCCAGCCGUGUAUGAGGCUCAGAAGUGUAUAUUAGAAGAAAAUCUUGCCAGGAGAGCUGAGCACUACUUCUCUGAAAUGAAGCGAGUUGUCAAGGGAAGAGACGCGUGGGCUCGUGGAGAUCUUCAUGAGUUGGGCCAGCUGAUCUCUGCAUCCGGUCGCAGCUCCAUAUUGAACUAUGAGUGCGGGAGCAAAGAGAUGAUCCAGCUGUACGAGAUCCUCCUCAAGGCCCCCGGCGUCCUCGGCGCGCGGUUCAGCGGCGCCGGCUUCAGAGGCUGCUGCCUCGCCAUCGUGGAGGGCGACCGCGCGGAGGAGGCCGCGGCGUACGUCCGGGCCGAGUACGAGGAGGCGCAGCCGGAGCUGGUGAGCAAGAUCCCACCGGACCGCCGCGUGCUGGUCUGCGAGCCCGGUGACGGCGCCCGCGUCAUAUAGGCCGGCCCACUCACCAGACCGGCCACCUCGCCACCACCGCCGUCCCUCACCCAGCCGUCGUCGUUUCUGCCGGUCGCCGGAGCUCAGCUUUUCCGUGCCCGGCGUGCCGCGAAAGCGGUGGCGACGCCGCCGUGGAAGGACGAGCCAUGAGCACCGGCGAGCUUCCCCGGUUCCAGUCGAGUGUGUGGUAUACUGGUAUAGCUACGUAUCGUCCGUGUGUAUCAGUGUGUACCAGUAUAUAUAGAGUUGAGUGAUAUACUAGUAGCGCCAGUUUGUCCCUACAUGUUUGUGUAGAACCAUUCGAUGAUCAAUUAAUUAUUCAUGGAUAUAUCUCA